UGUUUCGGUUGUCGGUCGGUAUACUACAAGUUUUAGGACUGUAGCCUCAUUCGAUAGUUUUUGUAUUUUAAAUCUGCGCGAAUGAUGUAAAAAUCAAUCGCUUGUGAUUGAACAGUGUUCUUGUGUGUGCGUGUUUGAGUUUCUCCGGAAAAUUUAAUUUGAUUUGACAUGACGAAAACUUCGGAGUCCAAGGAAAAUCUUGUCGAAAAUCAUGGCAGGAAAGGUUCGGACGCAGAAGAAGACCGUCGAUCGACAAAAAGUACGUUUUCGGAGUUCGAUCGGGAGAUUCCGGAAGUCAUUCUUACAAAAACGGAAAAGCAGUUUCUGCUGAGUGCCGAACGGGGUGACUGUGCUACGGUGAGGAAAAUCAUACAUGACAACAAGGGCGACCCGGAUGAGUUUGACAUCAACUGCGUGGACCCGCUUAAUCGUUCAGCGUUGAUCGCGGCCAUCGAGAACGAGAAUAUUGAACUGAUAAGGUUGUUACUUUCUGAAGGUAUUCAAGUACAGGACGCCUUACUGCACGCCAUUAAGGAAGAGUAUGUAGAAGCGGUGGAAACACUACUGGUGUGGGAGGAACAAACGCACAUUCCUGGUCAACCUUACAGCUGGGAAUCAGUGGAUCGUUCAUCAUCCUCGUUCACGGCCGAUAUCACUCCACUUAUUCUGGCAGCCCACAAAAACAACUAUGAAAUUCUCAAAAUUUUACUAGAUCGUGGGGCAACUCUUCCGAUGCCACAUGAUGUUCGCUGUGGAUGCGACGAGUGCGUUACAUCAAGCGAGCAGGAUUCCCUCCGCCAUUCCCAGUCACGUAUCAACGCCUACCGGGCGUUAUCUUCCAGCUCACUGAUAGCGCUCAGCUCUAAGGAUCCCAUUAGCACUGCUUUUCACUUGUCGUGGGAAUUGAAGCGGCUCACACGAACUGAGACAGAAUUCCGGGCAGAGUACGCAGCAAUGCGUUCUACAGUGCAAGAAUUCGCCAUGUCCUUACUAGAUCACGCUCGUACCUCCAACGAACUGGAAAUCAUGCUGAACUAUAAUGCCACUUCCCACGCUAACUGGGAGCCAGGAGAACGGCAAACCUUAGAUCGGUUGAAGUUAGCGCUCAAAUUCAAGCAAAAGUUGUUCGUAGCACAUCCGAACGUUCAACAGUUGCUGGCUGCCAUUUGGUACGAAGGUCUUCCAGGAUUCCGUCGAAAGUCUCCGAUUGGGCAGAUGACUCAGGUCGCGAAAUUGGGUUACAUGUUUCCAGUUUACAGCAUGAUAUACAUGGUCGCACCCAACUCCGAAAUGGGUCAAUUCAUGAAGAAGCCUUUCGUUAAGUUUAUUGUACAUUCCGCAAGUUAUGCCUUCUUUUUGAUGCUCUUGGGUGGUGCCUCGCAACGUGUUGAAUACUUGGCUAUCGAAUGGUUCGGACCAGAUUGGAUGCAGGAUAUACUGAAAGAGUGGAAACGUAAGGAACGAGGAUCAUUACCCGGGCUGUUUGAAUGCAUGGUUAUUCUUUAUAUAAUAAGUUUAAUAUGGCAUGAGAUGAAAUCCUUAUGGAAUGACGGGAUAGUCGAGUACAUAUCGGAUCUUUGGAACAUAGUUGAUUUCAUAUCCAAUUCGUUUUACAUCGCUUGGAUAUGUUUACGCUUUACAUCGUGGUUUACGGUCUGGCGCGAUGCAAAUAGAGGUCUCAAUCCAUGGUACCCUCGAGAGCAGUGGGAUCCGUACGAUCCAAUGCUGAUAUCAGAGGGUGCUUUCGCUGCAGGGAUGAUAUUUUCUUUUCUUAAACUCGUCCACAUAUUCUCUAUCAAUCCACAUCUGGGACCACUCCAAGUAUCACUCGGUCGUAUGAUUAUCGAUAUUAUCAAGUUCUUUUUCAUCUAUACCUUAGUCCUGUUUGCAUUCGGAUGUGGUCUUAAUCAGCUACUUUGGUAUUACGCCGUGUUGGAGAAAAACAAGUGCUACCACCUACCAUCUGGUCUCCCGGACUUCGACAAUAACGAAAAAGCUUGUGGAAUUUGGCGUCGGUUUUCCAAUUUAUUCGAAACAUCACAGUCUCUAUUCUGGGCAUCAUUUGGUUUGGUUGAUCUAAUGGCAUUUGAACUCACUGGAAUAAAAAGUUUCACUCGUUUCUGGGCUCUUCUAAUGUUCGGAUCGUACAGUGUGAUCAACAUUAUUGUGCUGCUCAACAUGUUAAUUGCUAUGAUGAGUAACAGUUAUCAGAUUAUUUCCGAACGUUCGGAUAGCGAAUGGAAAUUUGCUCGCUCUCGAUUGUGGAUGAGUUACUUCGAGGAUGGAGACACCCUUCCGCCGCCAUUCAAUUUGGCACCCUCUAUCAAAAACUUGUACAAACUUGGCGGUGGAUGCGGUGAAAAUAAACGUUCGACAACAAGCGUCAUUAAGCGAAACAGGGAUAAGGCAAAGAGGCGGCAUGAAAAUGUCAUGAAACUUUUGGUACGAAGAUAUGUCACCGCCGAACAGCGGAAAAGGGAUGACUUCGGUAUAACGGAGGAUGAUGUGAUGGAGAUUCGUCAGGAUAUUAGUACCUUGAGAUAUGAGCUGAUUGACAUUUUCGCUAAGAACGGCAUGAAGACACCCAACGUUGACAAAUCAGACGGAGGUGGAAUCGCUGGCAAGAAAGGUCGUGUGAUGGAGCGUCGCAUUCUUAAGGACUUCCAGAUUGGAUUCGUCGAAGGCAUACUGAAUGAAACGUUCCGCGACACGAAGGAUAAAUCUGCUCAGGAUGUGUUCACCACAAUUGCCAAAGCGAUCGGUGGACGCCAGAGUGCCAAAAAGAAGAAACCUGAGGACUGGAACGCACUGGUGCGUAAGAACACUAUGGUGGGUGAUCCUAUCGGCAAUUCAAUGGAAGUGCAAAAUCGCCGCAGCCGGCAAAGUUUGCGUAAGCAAAUUCUCGAUAGUUCUCAACAAGGUCUGGAAAUGAACACGGAAAAUGUGGUCGAGUACAAUCCGAAACUGUCCGAAGUAACGCCGGUAACGCGUGUUGCUUACGUGAAAUUCAUGACCAAGAAGCUUAAGAAGGAUAUGCAAGAGGGUGGAACGGAUGAAGCCAAUAUCGAAAAUGAGCGUAAGCCGUCGAUUAAACGAAAAUCAUUGAAAAAUUUGGUCGAAAUGAAGGACAAAAUCAACGCUGCAGAGGACAAAUCAUCUCCAGGUGAAAAAAGUGAUGAGAUUCCUCUGAAAGAGGCAUCAACUAGUUCAGCUUCAACUGCAGUAUCUGAUACUCCUGCAGUAGUUGCAACACCUGCAACAACAGCAACAACAACAGUAAAAGAUGAUAAUAGAAUCGAUCUCACAAAAGUGCGAGUUCGCUCGCCGAUUAUCGAAGAUGACGAGGUGAUGAGUGAGAAUGGGGACCGUUCCCUAUCACCGAAACCAGUCCAAGAUCGUCCUGACACACCCAUUCCAGCUAGUAGCUCACCGAUGGAAAGAAAACCGGGCGAUGGUAAGCCUAGCUCUUCUGCCGUUAGCUCGACAGGUUCGGUUAAAGGUGAUGACUCCAAGGAAACCACACCGCCUAGGUCAACCGGAAGUUUGGAAAAAGAUACUCUUUCGCCAACCGCUUCGUCAAAGUCAAAGUCACCCUCUCCUUCUCCAAGUUCCAGCGAACCAAUGAAGCAUCUGGAAAAACCUUCGCCUUCCCCGGCGCCAAUUUCCCGCACUCCCUCACCAGCUGUCUCCGACAGAGGAAAAUCAAAGAUCACCGGUAAAACAAUCAGUGGUUGGAUGUGAAAGUCCCCACUUCCAAUAAAUAUCGUUUAUCUUGUCUUGAAUGCUUAAUUAUUUUCGUUCGCGAGGCUCUUUGCGUUUAUUUGUUGGUUAAUUAGGAAAGCAAAUCGUCUGUCAUCAAUCAACUUCAUUGCAGUUUAAGUGUAUAUUAUUUUGAUCCUAUAGAAAAGCAUAAUAAAGUUAUUAAAUGGAGUUUUGUUUGAAUGCCGGAAUAAACUUGUCCAAUGUU